ACAGGUCGCACCAAGGCAUUGUGGGAAGUCUGUCCUUGUGCUGUGCCUUCAGGUUACCUCUGAGCUUGACAUUAACAGACGACUGCCAAAAUGUACAGACAUCUUAUGGGACUUCGGCAGCUUUCCAGGCGGACCAUUACCAGCACCGCCCGCAGACAGAUUGAUAACUCUGUGAAGGAGAAACAAAAGCUGUUUCAGGAGGAUAACGGUAUGCCUAUCCAUCUGAAGGGCGGGUCGAAGGACGCUGUGCUCUACAGAGCCACAAUGGCUCUCACUGUGUUCGGGGCUGGGUGUGUCGUGUAUGAGCUCUUUAGCGCUGCGAUGCCCAAGAAGCCAUAGUGAAGUGAAACAUGAUUGGAUUUAUUUACCUGAUGAAACAAUCAUGCACAUGCUGUAUGUAAUUCAACUCCGUGUUGCUCAGAUUUGUAAUCUGGGGAAUUAUUUAUCCAAUUAGUAUGUUUCAUGUUUGAAAUAAUAAUUGAUUGUAAAAAAAAAAGAAUGAGCUGCAAAUAAUAAUAAAAAUAUAAACCUACA